AUGGACAAAGAAAGGCAGGUGCACGAGAUGCCUCCGGAAGGAAGGCUGGUAUCGGGGCUGAGAGGAGUAGGUGGCAAGGAAAUAAAUGUCCUUGUAAAAUGGAAGAUUGAAGUAGAUGAAGAAAAUGCUUUCUUAGCUGUCUUGCAGCUAAGCUUAAGAAUUCUGGAUGUCCUGGAGUACAUCCAUGAGCACGAGUACGUGCGUGGAGAUAUCAAGGCCUCGAAUCUUCUUCUGAGCUACAAGAACCCUGAUCAGGUGUAUUUGGUAGAUUAUGGUCUUGCUUAUCGGUACUGCCCAGAAGGAGUUCAUAGAGAAUAUAAAGAUCAUCCCAAAAGAUGCCACGAUGGCACUACUGAAUUCACCAGCACUGACGCACACAACGGUGUGGCCCCAUCAAGACGUGGUGAUUUGGAAAUACUUGGUUAUUAAUGCAUGAUCCAGUGGCUUAGUGGCCAUCUUCCUUGGGAGGAUAAUUUGAAGGAUCCAAACUAUGUUAGAGAUUCCAAAAUUAGAUACAGAGACAAUACUGCAAGUUUGAUGGAGACAUGUUUUCCUGAGAAAAGCAAGCCAGGUGAAAUUGCUAAAUACAUGGAAGCUGUGAAAUUACUGGAUUAUACUGACAAGCCUCUUUAUCAGAAGUUCCACGAUAUUCUUUUGCAAGGACUAAAAGCUGUAGGGAGUAAGGAUGACAGCAAACUGGACUUCUGCAUUGUGGAGAAUGGAAGUUUGAAAGCAAAAGCAGUAGCAAAGAAGAGAAAGAAAGACGUGGAAGAAAGCACAGAAUCUAGUGUUGAAGGUAUGGAAUGCUCACGUUCUCAGGUGGAGGAGGUCCCACAAAAACCUGUAAGAACCAGAAAGAGAAACCAGAAGUAAAUCACCUGCUCAGAACCAACUUUUCUUCCUUUUCAUUUGCCUUUUUCUCCCUUUGUGUUUUGUUUUAUUUUCAUGUGCAUCUUGUGGGGUGGGAAUAAUAAUUAAAACCUUUGUCUUUGAAAAACAAAAAUUUUUUUAUUAAAUGAAUACUUUGUACUAUUCAUAGAGGCUAAUUUAUGAGUUUCAAAAACCUUCAGGUUGUACUUGUUAGCUACCAUACUUGAGUGGUUUUGUUUUGUUUGCUACCAUAA